UUUGUCAAAAGAGAUUUUAACCAGGUCUUCUCUCACCGUCAACUCUAUAGUUUGUUAAUUGUGUCCAAUAUCCAUUGUCAAAUCUGCUCAAGUCAACCCAAUUAGUGGUUGAUCGAAAUUGAUCCACCAGUCUCUGGGUUUGCUUUAACUUCAAACAUACUCUCUACCCUUCUUUACCAUUCUCCCUUCCACAGUUCCACCUAAUCAGCUAGGAUUUCAUAUUUUAAUCACUUCAUUUUGCCUACACGUACAAAAUAGAAGGAGAAUAGCUAUUCAAGCCCUUAAUUUGAGCUUCAUAUAGUAUUAUUAAAGGUCAGUUUUAAUAUAUUUUUAUUCAUAUCUUUAACAAUUGCUAUUGACCCACCUCAUUUAAUCCUAGAAUUUCUCAACAUAUGCAAUGAUAGAGUAUAUCUUUUUACUGAUCAUUUGCUGAUUACACAAAUUUGAGAACUUUAGGAGUUGAUAAUCAAGAUUGUAGUUUAUGGAUCUUUAAGAAAACCCUUGAAAUGAUUGGGAAAAUUAGAAAUUAUGUGCAUUCAUCAAUUUGAGCAACUGGGUUUUGUUUGAUUAGUGGUUAAUUGCAUUUUCUGAAGUGGGUUUUCUUUAAUUUGUUGUAACAAUGAGGGUUUUGCAAAUUGGGACUCUACAUGUAUUAUUACUUGUAUUGAUUUUGUUCUUUGGUUUAAAAAAUUGUCAAUUUGUUGAAGAGGAAUCUGAAAUAGAAACUGAGACUGUUGGAACCCCUAAUUAUGAUAGAUUAGAUGAGGUGAAAAAAGAAUGUUCUUCAGUCAUAGCUUCUGCUUCUGAACUAAAAUUUGAUGAACAUGUAAUUGAAAAAGUUAUGACUGAGGUUUUCUUUAAUAAUGGAGAUUGGGAACAGUUAGGAACUAGUGCACCUUUGAUGACAUUUGAUGACAGACCUCCAUUAAUGUCUUCUGGCUUUGAAUAUGAACUUAAUAGCAACAUUUCUCGUUCGAAACCGACAUAUAGACUUGUUUCUUUCAAGUUGAGUGAUGUGAGUAGUGAUCAUGGAUCUAAAAAGACUUUAGCUGUUAAUGGGUAUCUUUAUAUGGUGAUUACUUCCGACCUUCCUUUGGCUAGUAUGGCUAGUGAAAUAAGUAAAAACACGCUUGAUUUUUUGAUGUGGAGGGGUCACUCUCAACUUCUUAUAAAUCUCCAAGGGAUUUAUGCUGAAUCCGAAAAGAAUGGUGGGGAGAAAAUAUUGUGUUUGUUGGGUAGUACAAUGCUGCCUUCUCGUCAGCCUGAUUCAAGUGAUCCUUGGGAGUCGGUAAAGGGUUCAGGAUCAAGUGAUAACCAGCCUACUUUACUGCAGGAUGAGCAAAUUUUACUCGUUCUUAAAAUCCCAAAGAAAGUUAGUUUGACUCGUAGGGCCAUUCAAGGUGUGAUGAGAAGUUUAAACGCAAAAACGAGUCUAAAGUAUUUUGAUAAAGUUCAAAUUACGUCACAAGUGCAAGUGAACACUCGCAACUAUGAGUUUAGCCCUUAUGAGAUUGUAUCUAAGGCGUGUGAUCCAUAUUCAUACUCGGAUAGUUCCAUUAAUGGCAGUCUUGAGGUAUAUAAGGGUGUUGAUUUUUGUUCACAACUUAAAAAGGUUGUCACUGAUUCAGCUUUCAUAGUUGCGCCUCAUUGGCAGUGCAAUGGCACAGAUGAAUUUUGCAGUAAGCUCGGUCCUUUUGCAUCAGAUGCUCGUAUUAACGCAACUGACGGAGGGUUCAAGGAUGUCAGAAUUUUGAUGCACAACAUUCUCUGUGUAGCUAGCAAAACCCGAGAUGAGGGUGCCAUUGCAAGAGUUUCUGCGGUGUUUAGAGCCUUUGAUGUCCCUAACAAUCAAUUCAUUGAAAAUCAAAGAAGUGGAUUAGGAAAUAUGACUCUUGUGGCCGAGGGGAUAUGGAAUUCUUCUAGUGGACAACUUUGCAUGAUUGCUUGCCUCGGAAUAGACGGUGUGAAAGCUGAUCGUUUUGAUUCUCGAAUUUGUUUGUAUAUACCAUUGUCGUUUUCCAUCAAACAAAGAAGCAUACUUCUUGGUAGCAUAUCAAGUAUCGAGAAAACCAGCCCCCCUUACUUCCCUUUGUCCCUUGAAAUGCUGUAUCAGAGCUUGGAUUACAUUUAUGACGGCUACAGAUAUGCGCAUCCAUACUAUCACUAUUCUAAAGUUGAUGCUGCGGGAGCUAUAUUAGAGAAAUACGAGCCCUUCAGUUUUGGAACAGUCAUAAAAAAAUCAUUGCUGACUUUUCCUAAACUUCAGGACUCACAGGAUUAUGCCGACAGUCUGAGACUUCUUGCUGAAGAUCUCACUCUUCAUGUAUCGGCUGUCCCUGAUCCUAUACCUUUUUCUCGGCCUUCGAGAACCAAUAUUGAGAUGGAGAUUCUUUCUCUUGGCCCCAUGUUUGGGCGUGCCUGGUUCAUGAACGACUCCAUAGCUGGGGAUGAAACACCUUACCAUACAAAGGCAUCAUACACCGAGAAGCAGCUUCUUUUGAAUGUUUCUUCUCAGCUUAUGCUCAGGAGAGGACCUUAUAGCAACUUCUCGACCCUGUUUUUAGAGGGCAUUUAUGACCAACAUGUGGGAAGAAUGUAUUUGAUUGGUUGCCGAGAUGUUAGGGCGUCAUGGAAGGUGUUAUAUGAGAACUUCGACCUUGAAGGUGGCUUCGAUUGUUCAAUUGAAGUCGUUAUUUCAUACCCACCUACAACAGCUCGAUGGCUAGUGACUCCGACUGCUAGCGUUUCCAUAUCUAGUACAAGGACAGAAGAUGAUCCUUUUUAUUUCAAACCCAUCAAGCUGCUCACUCUUCCUAUAUUGUACCGACAACAGAGGGUUGAUAUUCUUUCUCGAAAAGAUUUCGAGGGGAUUCUCAAGAUCUUAACCCUCUCCGUAGCCAUCGGCUGCAUUCUAAGCCAGCUAUUUUACACUAGAAACGACUCGGAUUCUCUUCCUUACAUGUCUCUUGUCAUGCUAGGAAGUCAACUAAUUGGAUACGCUCUUCCUCUUGUUAUCGGUGUACAGAAGCUGUCAAGGAACAGCAAUUCAGAGGAUUCUGAAUCGCUGUCCUAUGAUCUCGAGAGAAGUCAAUGGGUCGAGGUGAUCGACUAUGUUGUAAAGCUUCUUGUUUUGGUGUGUUUCAUACUUACUCUUCGGCUCUGCCAAAAAGUGUGGACUUCUCGUGUCAAAUUAUCAUCACAUAACCCAAAUGAGCAACACCGGGUUCCUACUGAAAAACGUGUUCUCAUCAUUACUGUAAUUGUACACGUUAUCGGUUACACGUUUGCUCUGAUCUCUCAUUCCGUAAAGACCGGCCAAACGCCCGCUUGGAUGGAGCAAUACGUGGAUACAAUGGGAAACCGUCACACAUUGAAAACAUGGGAAACUCUUUUCGAGGAAUAUAUAGGAUUACUUCAAGAUCUUUUCCUUCUUCCGCAGGUGAUAGGCAAUAUUAUGUGGCAGAUAAAAAACAAGCCGUUGAGAAACCUGUAUUACAUGGGGAUCACGGUUGUCAGACUUCUUCCUCAUGUGUACGAUUACAUUAGAGGUCCAGUCUCAAACCCAUUUUUCUCGGAGGAAUACGAGUUUGUGAACCAGAAAUUCGAUUUCUUCUCCAAGUUCGGGGAUGUCGCUAUACCCAUUUUCGCUACUGGCCUUGCUGCUAUUGUAUAUAUACAACAAAGGUGGGAUUACGAAAGGAUUAGAAACAGUUUUAUUCUCGGGAAAGGCAUGCUUUUUUUAAGAUCAAGAAUGUACGAGAGGCUGCCAUCUCAAUCAGCUGAAGCGGAGCUUGUUCCGGGAACCAAUAAACGAAACGUGCAAGACGAUGUAGAAUGAUGUAUUGUUUGAUGAUCAUAGCUACUAUUGUAAACUGUGUUUAGUGUGUACUAGUUUUUGCCUAACCUGAUACUCUUUGAUUAUAAAUGGGUUAAUAAUUCAACAAAAGUGCUUGCUUUUAGGACA